UGUAUAUAUAUAUAUACAUAUAUAUGUCACAGCCGGAUUAAAGCUAGGUCUCAGAGGGCCUAGCAUGGGUCACUAUGAAUCCACCCGCAGUUAGUAAAUCGAGCACACGUGGCUCUGGAUACCAUCAGAAGGCGUUAGCCGAGAUUCGUAAUUCAUUGCUGCCUUUUGCAAAUAUCGGAGGGGCAAGCGAAGUGGGUUCCAGUGCUGCAAGUACUAUAUCUACAUUAUCCACCACCAGCGGCAUUAGUUCUGCCUCUGGUCUUAGCGGUCUUUCCGGAGCGUCUGGUUCUACUAUCGAUAAAUCCGAUCAACGACAGUUAUUGGCACAGUUGUUGACGAUGGGUUAUUCCGAGGAAAUUGCAGUGCGAGCCCUGAAAUUAGCCGGUUGGCGGUUAGAUGCAGCUGUAGAAUGUUUAAAACAAGCACAAGGAGAAUCUCUGAACGGACUUGGUAAACUAAACACGAAGCUUAUAAGGAAACCUAGUUUAGAAAGAGAAUUGAGUUUACAACGUGGCAGCCCCGCAUUGGACAGUGGUGCUGGAAGCUCACGUUCCGAUAGCCCCCGUUUGACGGAGCUCAGUCCGCACCCGCAAUUGAGUCGUCAGUAUUCUCCGAGUAAUUUCGUCGAACGAGAACCGCCGCCUCCGCCGCCCCCGAGAUGCAGUUCUACACCUCCGCCGCCGCCACCCCCUCACGUUCCGUACAAUCAACCGAACGUGCCAUCCAAUAUGCAGCAAAUGCUGAAACGUAUGUCACCGGCGCCGGUGGUACCUACGCGACCACCUCCUACCACACCUGGUAAUACCGGACCUAUCUCGACGUCGGUCAAUCUUCCUCAAAGGGGCACGAGUCCGGUGGCAAGUUCAAACAAUAAUUCGAACAGUCGUCAACCGAUGAUCGUUCAAAACGGGCCGCAAGUACAGCAGCAACUCUCCCAACAAAUGCAGGCACUCAGUAUAUAUCAAACGGGUAAUAACAACUCUAAUCCUCAAGUUGAACCACCACCUCCGUAUCCUAUAGUAUCUUCUUCGUCGACCGGACCGGUACAACCGCCAUCUUACAGUGUCUCUAUACAAAACAGGCAGAGCCCCACGCAGUCACAGCAAGAUUAUCGAAAAAGUCCAUCGUCCGGAAUCUAUUCCGGUCCUACGUCCGCUGGAUCACCAAGCCCUAUUACGGUAUCCGCUAUAUCGCCGAGUACGCAGGCUUCUAUGGCCAGACCGACUCCGUUACAGGCUUGGGGCGCGCGGCAGGCCAAGACGCAGCCGCCGAUAAUCAUGCAGUCCGUGAAGAGUACACAGGUACAGAAACCCGUGUUGCAAACUGCGAUCGCGCCGACCUCGCCGCAACCGAUCUCCACCACUAGCAACACACCACCGCCUCCGCCGUCAUACGCGUCGUCGAUCCAACAAAAACAGCAACAACAACCGCAACAGCAACAACAACAACAACAGCAGCAACAGUCGCAACAGCAACAGCACCAGGUGGUGCAACAGCAGCAGCAACAAACCUCGCAACAGCCACCGCCACCUGCGUAUCCACCGGUGAAUAACGUUGGAACUACGUCCGGUAGCUCCAUUAACGUUGGCGUCUCGGUGGGAGUACCGACCACAGAACCGCCAAGUUACGCGACGACGAUGCAAGCGUUAGCGGCUCAACGAGGUAUGCAUCAUCCGCUUCCACCGCCACCGUACGGCACACCGGCCACCGACGAUCCCAGUGGAAUGUCUACGAUGGAGAACAGCACGACACUUCGGUCGUCCCCCGUUGCGCAUCAUCCUCCGUUACAAAGAAAAUAUUCACCGGCGGACAAUUGUCAGCAGCAUCCGAUAGAAACCCCGUCUCUACCCGGUAGGGGUAACAAUAACGGUACCAACAAUAACGUCAACAACACCGGCGGUUGCAAUAACAGCGGCAACAACAACAACAACUGCAACAGUAACAACAGUUGCAACAACAACAGCAGUAACAUUGCAACCAGCACCGUCUGUACCAGUAGCACCACCGUCACCACAACGACCACCAGCACCGCAGCCGCGGCCAGCACUGCUGCAAACAGCAACAUCAAUAACAACAAUAACCAUCCGUCAGACAGCAACGGAGCAAAAGGAGGAGCAGGUAGCGGGGCGCCUUCGUCGUACAAGAUCAAGCAUCAGUCCCCGAUACCGGAGCGCAAGCACAUGAGCAAGGAGAAAGAGGAGGAACGAAGGGAUUGUAAGGUUCGGAACUAUUCACCGCAGGCGUUCAAAUUCUUCAUGGAACAGCAUGUCGAGAACGUGCUCAAGUCCCAUAAACAACGUUUGUAUCGUCGGCUUCAGCUGGAGACCGAGAUGGCGAAAAUCGGUCUCAGCGCCGAGGCCCAGUGUCAAAUGCGGAAAAUGUUGUCGCAGAAGGAGUCAAAUUACAUACGAUUGAAACGUGCGAAAAUGGACAAAUCGAUGUUCACGAAAAUCAAACCGAUCGGCGUCGGCGCGUUCGGCGAGGUGACGCUGGUCCGGAAGCUCGACACCAAUCAAUUUUACGCGAUGAAAACGUUAAGGAAAGCGGACGUCUUGAAUCGGAACCAAGUGGCGCACGUUAAAGCCGAAAGGGAUAUAUUAGCGGAGGCCGACAACGAAUGGGUGGUGAAGCUUUAUUAUUCGUUUCAAGACAAGGACAACUUGUAUUUCGUGAUGGAUUACAUACCGGGCGGCGAUCUGAUGUCGUUGCUGAUCAAGUUCGGUAUAUUCAAGGAACCAUUGGCGCGAUUCUAUAUUGCUGAGCUGACCUGCGCGGUGGAGAGUGUUCAUAAGAUGGGGUUUAUUCACAGGGACAUUAAACCGGACAAUAUAUUGAUCGAUCGGGACGGUCAUAUAAAGCUGACCGAUUUCGGACUGUGCACGGGUUUUCGCUGGACCCACAACUCCAAGUAUUAUCAACAGAACGGUCACGGGAAACAAGACUCUAUGGAUCCCGCCGACGACUGGAACAACGAGUGUCGUUGCAUACAGUUGAAACCGUUGGAACGUAGAAGGCACAGGGAACACCAGAGAUGUUUGGCCCACUCGUUGGUCGGCACGCCGAACUACAUCGCGCCUGAAGUGCUGCAAAGGACAGGGUAUACGCAGUUGUGCGACUGGUGGAGUGUCGGUGUGAUUUUGUACGAAAUGUUGGUCGGUUCACCGCCGUUCCUUGCCAACACACCAGCCGAGACGCAAUACAAGGUGAUCAAUUGGGAGACGACAUUGCAUAUACCGAAACAGGCGAAUCUGUCGGCGGAAGGGAUGGAUUUAAUACUGAAGUUGUGCGUGGGGGCGGAUCGUCGGCUGGGCAAGAACGCGGACGAGGUGAAAAGCCAUCCGUUUUUCGGCAGUAUCGAUUUCGAGAAGGGUCUACGCCGUCAAGUGGCCCCGCACAUACCGCGUAUACAGUAUCCGACCGACACGAGCAACUUCGAUCCGGUGGAUCCCGAUAAAUUACGUAACAGCGGUUCAUCGGACUCGAACAAGUCGGACGAGCUGUUGGACAACGGUAAACCGUUUCACGGUUUCUUCGAGUUCACGUUCAGACGGUUCUUCGACGACGGUGGCGGUCCUGCGUAUCCUAGUCGAAUAAGCUUAGACGAUAACGACAAUCAAGGGCCCGUUUACGUGUGACACUAGUAGA